AUGUUGACAUGUCGAAUCGUGGUUGUCUCGUUAAUAUCUCUAAUUAUGGGCAUAUUGUUCAGCGCCUAUCAAUCAAACAAAGAUGAUCCGGACAACCCUGGAACAGUUUGUCAUGAACCCCUGGGUGAAUACUAUUAUGACGACGGGUUUCUAGGUGAUUUCGGUGAUAUAUUUUUCCCGCGCACUCAAUUUACCAGUCGUACUGGAGCCAUUGUGACAGGAUGGCCAACAAAGGGUGGUUACUAUUCCCGCCUCUGCUCUCUAGUAGAGCUCGACUUCCUCGGUCUUGACCGCUUCAAGGCAAGGAAUAAAUCAGAAGAUAUCGACGAGGAGGAAGCUCAAUGUGCAAGAAUGCGACAGUUGGGAACAAGAAGAUAUCACAGCCCCUCUCACGAGCACCAUGUUACUAUGGGUAGCACCAAGCCACCUCAGUUAUACUUUGGGUGGCCUGAUGACGGCGGUGUCUGGGCUAUUCAAGCAACAGAAGAUGAAUCGAACGACAAAGGCUUGGGAAGGAUCAACAACGCCUUCACAAUGGUGGAGCGGUACCAGAUGAUAAAGGAAUUGGGAGGCACAUUUUAUGAACAACCUAAGGAUUGUCCUUAUCUUGAUCUUGAUGGAACAAAUUGA